GUUCGAUCCCCUCCUAGAGCAAACACCUUUUUUGCCUUUUUGUAGCUCGUCUCUUGCCUUUUUUUCUAUGACUGCUGUUUUCUGCUGCUGUUGCCACUUCUGCCCCUUUCCAACACCUCUGCUUCCUGUGCUUCUUCUGUUUCUCCAGCACUGCUUCCUCUGCUGCUUCCUUGUCUGCAAAAUGCCUGCUUCCAAUGGAAUUGAGCUUAACGAUCCCUCUAUAAUAUCCAUCAGACAGUCCAACAAAAGGAAGAACUUGUAUCCAAAUCCCUCUUUGAACCAGCUCUUGAACAACCACAACAAAAACUACUCCAGCUACCACUCCACCAACACCAAAAACCCAAACCCCAACUCCACUGCCAACAGCAACAACACCUCGGGCAACAGCUCAAGCAACAGCUCAGACAUCAUUUCUAACACUCAGCCAAGAUCAAGACACAACUCAAGAAAAAAUUCUUUCAACAAUCCAAGUGGCUCCUUUAUUCUAUCAAACAACUACACUGCUUUACUAGAACUAUCCAACAACAACAGUGACGACAACUACAAUAACACCGAUGAGGAAAACGAAUUUGAUAACGACUUUAACUUUGAUAAUGACAGCGAUGCUGAUAAUGGCAAUGACGAUCCCAACAAUAAAUCCAAUAAAUCCAACAAACUCGAAAAGUCAAUAAAAUUCAAUAAAUCAACCAAAUCUAAAAAAAACGACAACGCUAUAAUAUUAGAAGAAGAUGAUGAAGACGAAUCCAACUAUUCCAACUCUUCCACAUCCACAAAUCCAAACCCAAAUUCAAACCCAAACCAAAUUAAAAAAUAUUCAAUUGAGUUUUUAACAAACUUAAGAAACUCUCCUUUAAUUCGUUCUCCCAAUAAACUACCCGAAUCCUCUUUUUGGAAACUACACUUGAACAACAAAUUAAAAUCUCAAUCAAAGAGAGAUUGGUCGCUAAACCUAUCCUCCUCAAGUAUCAAUACCUCCAACAAUAUCGCUUCCAACAAUCCUAACAGUAACUCAAACAACAACAUCAAUUCUUCUUACAACUCUCAAUUCAACAACAAUAUCUCAAAUCAAAUCAGUUAUCAAAACACUACCUAUUACAACUCAAACUACCACCAUGCUCAUUCCCACUCUCACCCUCAUCAUCACUACCAAGCAUCUUUUAACAACUCUUACAACAAAUCAUCAACAAUCAAUAACAAUAUCACUAAUAAUACCAAUAGUAAUAGUAACAAUGAUGAGAAUAAUGAUAAUAACGCCAUUAAUAAUACUAAUAAAAUUAUUAAUAAAAUUACCAAUAAAAUUACUAAUAAAAUUACUAAUAAAAUUACUAAUAAAAUUACUAAUACAAAUAUUGCAAACUCAAACACAACUAACAAUAAAAAUAACGACACUUCUUUUGAUGAUUCUACAAACUCAAUCGCCUCUUCAACAAGUUUCCCAUCUACUGCCGAAUCUACUGCUUCAAAUCCCUCAAAUGAAAAGACAUAUGGCGCAACAGGUGAAAUGGGCAAUUUCACUCUCAAAUCUAAUAAAUCUUAUAACAACAACAACAACAAUAACAAUAGCAACAACAACAACAACAACAACAACAACAACAACAACAACAACAACAACAAUAACAAUAACACAUCCUCAAACUCAAACUCAAAUUCAAAUAAAUAUUCAAGAAGAAGCAUUCGCCGCGAAAGCUUCAACAAAACAUUUACAAGACCCGGUUUAGUCUACAACAAAUCGUUGUCUUUAAAUAACAAAUCUUCAUUUAAUACCAACAAUAAUGAUAACAAACACAAUAAUAACGACCUCUCAAAAUCUUCCAAUUACAAUAAAUCUAAAAAUCUGGAUUUAAUCGAUGAUGAUGACUUUAAUGAUCCAGAAUGGUUCAAUAACUCAAAUAAUAACAACAAAAAUGUAAAUAGAUUAUCCAAUUCAAAUAGCAACACCUCCUCUAAAAUCAACUCAGCUAACCCCAAUUUUUCCUCUUCAAUUAUUGACGAUAACAACCCAAUUGGUAAAACAAGUGACGACUUUGAAAAAUGGAGAGCUAAAAUGAAAUUGAAAAGGAAAAAUGAAAAAUCAUCCAACGAUUUAUCAAACACUUCAAUUUCUAGAUCUCAAUCUCAUUCUCAAUCUCAUUCUCAAUCUCAUUCUCAUUCUCAUUCUCAACCCUUAGUAGAUUCUUCUUUACCUCCUCCUCCAGGAUUAAAACUUAAUCAAAAUGAUCCAAAUAAUAACAACAGUAACACUGAUUCGAAUAAUAAUAAUAAUAAUAAUAAUAUUAAUGACAUAGAUAGGUUUUUUUCUUUAUUUAGUGGUUUGUCUAAAAAUAAUGUAAAUAAUACCAGUAGCAAUAAUAAAAAUAUCAAUAAUAACAUCACAAUCAACAACAAUAAUGACAAUAAUCCAAUUCAAGCCUUCAUUCAAAAUAAUCAAUACCCACCUCAAGUUUCAGUUCCAGUUCAGAUCCCUAUAUCUGCACCAAUCGAUAAUUCAGUUUCUAUUACUCAAAAUAAUCUUCAAAACAAUACGAUAGAUAAUAAAUCAUCCAAUAUUCUUAAUAAUCAACAAUCUAUAAACGAUUUAUCAAAUUCAAUAAGAGGUUCAAGAUUUUCUUCAUUUUUCUCAAAACCAAAUGAUCAACCUAUAAAUCUUUCCAACCCACUGUCAAAUCCCCAAUCCAACCCUCAAUCCAACUCUCAAUCUCCUAUCCAAGAAAUUGCGUCAAAUAUCAAUAAUAACAACAGCAAUUCAAGACUACCCUCAUAUAGCAACCAAAAUCAAAUACAAAUGAAAACUCCAUCUUCAACACCCCCAAUUCAAAACAAUAAUCAACUUGAAAAUACAAAACAAAAUUCUCCGCCAAUCCAAAAUCCACAGUUUUUCAAUAACCAAAAUAACAACAUUGUUAAUAAUAACAUCAGCGGUACCAAUAGCAUUAAAAGUAUCAACAACGGCGAUAAAAAUAUCGCCAAUAAUAAUAGUGGCAAUAAUGAAAAUUCCCCUAAUUCAAAUGAUUUAUUUUUUAUGUUUUUAUUAAACAAAAGCAAAUCACCAGAUAAUAGUUCCAACACUACACCAAAAGAUGCCUCUUCUAAUUUAAUGAACUUAUUUAACAAACAAUCUUCUAGUGAAAACCAAGUCAAUCUCAAAAAUGAACAAACUCAAAGUCAAAUUAGUAACCAAUCAAAACCUCAAACGAUGCUACCUCCACAAUCAUCAAAUGUGCCAUUUCUUGUUCAGAUUCCAAUUCGUUCAAAUAAAUUUCCUCCUAGUUUACCUCAAAUUUCACAAACCCAAAUACAACAACCCCAAGUUCAACAAGUAUCUCAACAACAAUUGCAACAACAAGCAUCUCAGCAACAACAACAGCAACAACAAUUGCAACAAGCAUCUCAACAGCACCAACAAUUGCAACAGCAACAGCAACAGCAACAACAACAACAACAACAAAUACAACAAGAAAAAGAACAACAAUCUCAACAUCAAUCUCAAAAUUCUCAAACUCAAACUCCCCCUCAAUCACAACCACAAAUGCAGCAUCAAAGAUCACAACCUCAAUUGCAACAACAACCUCCUUGGAUAGACCCUCCUAACCAUCAAUUAAUGGCACAAAUGUUUCCACCAAAUGGAGCCCCCUUUUUACCAGGCCCAUCACCAAACCAUCAUCAAAGAUUUCCAGGUAUGGCUGGUGUGGAUCCUCAAAUGAAUAUGAAUCAAAUGGCUAUAAAUCAGGUUAGUCCAAUAAAUCAAAUGAAUAUGAACCAAAUCAACAUGAAUCAAAUUAACAUGAAUCAAAUUAACAUGAAUCAAAUGAUGAGAAUGAAACCAAUGUCAAGGGGCAGUAUAAAUAGUAUUCCUCCAGGUAUAAUGGUUCCCGGAGCUCCUUCAUUACCACCUAAUAUGUUUCCUCCACCCUAUAACCCAUAUAUGAACAUGCCACCUCCAAACUUCAGUAAUAACAAUAAUGGCACCAAUCCUAAUAAUAUUCAAAACGAUUCCAACAAUAUGCCAUUGUUUAUAAAUGGUAUGCAAAUUGGAAGAAAUAUUCCAAUGAAUAUGAUGCCUCCUCCACCAGGCGCAAUGGGUUCAGAUUCAAACAAUCAAUAAAUUAAAUUAAUAAAAAAACAAUAAUCUUAAACUUAGUAACGACUGCAAAAGCAAAAAUGCAAAAGUAAAAAAACAAAAAAAUAAAAAAAAUUAGACUAGUGCAGAUAAAUGGAAAGAAUAAUUUCAUAUAGU